GCUAGCUCGAGGUUGGCAAAAGUCCGAAAGUAGCCAGUCCCACCAGUGAGAGACGACGCUUGUGUGGAGUCAUAGACUGAUAAACUGCUACCCCCUGAGGCGAUUGAUGAUACCAUCUAUCGGCAUAGCGGGGCAGAUUUUGUAUGGUACGGGUUGUCGGUUUUUCUUUGAAUGGGGUUCUAUGCCGAUCAAAAUUGGAGGUGGUGUCUGUAUUUCUGUUUCUGCAUCCAAUUUUUUAUUUGGAUUUGUCAGUCGGGCUUAUCCCUAGUUCGCUCUUCAUCUUUUGGUCCGGGGCAAAGACACUGUCAGCUCUUGGAUAUUGUUUGCUUGUUUGCUCAAGAAAACUUGGUAUCUCGGGCCAAUUUUGUACCGUUAAUCUUCAUAUCAAAGGUGACUGUUUCAAUGCAUGGUCCCUGGCAUGGCAUAUCAUAUAAAAAAGCCCACCUUUCCUGUCACCUCCUGGAUUUACUCCGCUGCUUUUUUUUUUACCGAGGCUGUCUACAUAUAGAUAGUCUCUUAAAUAAGGGGACCCGUAUUUUUGUCACAUUGUUCUGGUAAAGCAAGAUACAGCUAGCCCGAGGGGGGGGUUUCAAACUGUUUUUUGCGGCCACCAAAAGGGCGGUCGGAGAAGAAGCUGCCUUUCACACAUCCAACCAAGGAAACGACUACGGGGAAUAUAGCCGACGUUUGAGAUGGAUUCGGAAAAGAAGGAUGAACUGCAACAGCAGCAGCAGACAGAAGCAUCCUCUCUGUCAGACACAUCCGAAACAGACGACAAAGCCAUCGACUUGAAAACAGAACAGAGGAGCCACGGCAGACACGGCGAGCAGCAGCCCCUGGCCACGCUGACUGGACACAAACACCCCCACAACCCCAGUCAAGACCCGUCGGGCGGCCUCUCGGAGGAGUCUCUCACGGCGCUGUCCCGGCGCACCACGGCAGCAUCGCACCUCUCCUCGGACGGCCAUGAUGCAGAUGAUGCCGACGGCGGCCGGGGCGCGUCCAUGUCACGGCACAGGACGGGAACCAGCUUCGGCAGCACGGCGUCGCGGAUGCCGGAGCACGAGGUGACGUUUGACGACGCGGGCACCGACGACGACGACGAGACCAAGGGGGGCAGGAACAGCGAAAACCCGCGCGACUGGCCGCUCUGGUACCGCGGGUGGGUGCUCUUCUGCGUCGCCUUCUCGACGUGGGUGACCGUCCUGUACAGCACAAGCUACACGGCCUCGAUCCCGGGCUUGGUGCUUGAGUUUAACCUCGCCAACCAGACCAUCGCCACCCUCGGCGUCACCAGCUACCUCGUCGGUCUGGCGGUGGGGAGUUUGGUGCUGGCCCCGCUGAGUGAGUUGUAUGGCCGCCGGCCGGUUUAUCUCAUCUGCAUGGCCUGCUUCACUAUUCUUGUGAUCCCUACGGGCGUGGCUACUUCGCUUGAGGAGAUUAUAGUGGUGCGGUUUUUUGGAGCCGUGUUCGGCGCCGCCAUGAUCUCCAACAGCCCCGGCACGGUCGUCGACAUAUCGAACGAGAAGUACCGGGCGCUGUGCAUGUCCCUCUUCUCCAUCGCGCCCUUCAACGGGCCGGUGACGGGCCCGCUGAUCGGCGGCUUCGUGUACCAGGCCUACGGCUGGCGGUGGGACAACUGGCUGGUGCUGAUCCUGGGUGCCGUGGCCUUUGCUCUCAUGUUUACGGUCCGCGAGACGUACGCUCCAGCCUUGCUGCGGGCAAAGGCGCAACGCAGGAGAAAGGAGACGGGUGACGAUAGGUGGUGGUCCAGAUAUGAUGAUGCGGCUUCUUCAAAGGUCCAGCUGUUCAAGGAGAACAUGGCCAGGCCGUUUGUGCUGGCUGUGACGGAGCCUAUUUUGUGGUUUUUCAAUCUAUGGAUUUCCUUGAUCUACGGGAUCCUCUACCUCUGCUUCGUCGCCUACCCCAUCGUCUUCUCCCAGCACCGCGGGUGGGGACCGGGCAUAUCAGGUCUCGCCUUUGUCGGCAUCGGCAUCGGCACGCUGCUCGCCAUCGCCGCGGAGCCACUCCUCCGACGGCUCAUCAACUCGCACCCCAAGGACCCGACCACGGGCCGCGUCGCGCCCGAGGCGUCGGCCAGCGCCAUGGUCAUCGGCGCCGUGCUGGCAGCGACGGGUCAGCUCGUCUUUGCCCAGACGUCGCUGCCCGUCACCAUCCACUGGGCCGUGCCCAUCGCGGCGGGGAUCCCGUUUGGCGCCGGAAACACGCUCGUCUUCAUCUACGGCAGCAGCUACUUGACCUCGGCCUAUGGCAUAUACAGCGCCAGCGCAAUGGCCGGCAACGCCGUCGUCAGGUCGCUCUUUGGCGGCACCCUGCCCCUCGCCGGUGCGGCCAUGUACGCCGCGCUGACGCCGCGCUGGGCCGGCACGCUGUUGGGGUUGCUCGAGGUGCUGUUCAUACCCAUCCCCAUCGCGUUUUACAAGUACGGCGAUAGGAUCAGGGCGCGAAGCCCUAUCAUUCGGCGCAUGAGGGAGGAGGAGGAGGAGAAUGAGGCGAAGCGGGCAAGGAGGUUGGCUAGGGCGCUGAGGAGGCAGGGGAGAGAGGGUGAGGCUGCUGCUCUGGAGAGGAGUGUUAGUGGUGUGGGUGUUGGUGGUGGUGGUGGUGCUGAUGUUGGUAGCGGUGAUAUUGCUGAAAAUAGUGUUGCUACAGCUGGCGAUGCUGAAAAGGGGAAUGCUCAGAGGGGACAAGUGGCAAUAUAGAAUGCAUGCGGUACCUUACUUAUUCCAGCGUGUUCUUAUUGAAGUUACAUGUAAGAAAAUACGCCCAAAUAUCAGGUUUCAUAUACGCGCCUCGGCUCAAUAAUACAACGAGCGGCACCCACAUGCGGAGUCAAGAAAAAGAAAUCAAUCACAGGGUCGGCGGCAAAUUUUUGAGGUUUCUGACCACGAUACUACGUGCCGUACGUAUAAUCAAGGAAGGGUUCACCCGAGGAAAAACAAGCAUCACGCGCACCAUCCUAGGGUAUCCACGCACCCACGCCUCCCCAGUCUGCAGGCCGGGAAAGUCCACCAAGAACGAGUCGUGGUCGACCCGCAUCAUGACGAACCUGGGGUUACCUUGGUUGUAUUUCCCCACAAUCAUACCAAAAA